ACAACGUACAAAAUAUCGAUAGUAGUCGAUAGCUAUGCAGUUUUUUGGUGGCCAUUUAUUUCGUAAGAUAAAUAACUGAUGCCUUCGCAUUAAAAAUUAAAUAUUACAUAUAAAAUGUUGCGAAGACUAAAUUCCCCAACGGCAAUUUUGGUGCGAACAGCGUCAACACGCACCGAAAAGCUGGAAGAGAUCCGUGACCGAUUAUCUAAAGGUCCAAACUUUCAAGAUUUUAUACAAAAUUCCGACAAUUCCAAGGACGACUUUGAGAAUUACGAUGGCAAACUGCGUCGUGAAAAAGGGGAGACUCAACAAUUGCGCCUGCCGCCAUGGCUAAAAACGACAAUUCCAAUGGGAAAGAAUUAUGCCAAAAUCAAGUCACAACUGCGAGAUUUAAAACUGUCCACUGUAUGCGAGGAGGCACGAUGCCCGAAUAUCGGCGAGUGUUGGGGCGGUGGUGAACAUGGCACACAAACAGCCACAAUUAUGCUCAUGGGGGAUACUUGCACCCGCGGCUGUCGUUUCUGUUCGGUGAAAACUGCACGUGCUCCGCCGCCUUUGGAUGUCAACGAACCUGUGAACACAGCCAAAGCUAUUUCCUCCUGGGGCCUGGACUACAUAGUGUUAACAUCGGUUGAUCGCGAUGAUUUGCCGGACGGUGGCUCAAAGCAUAUUGCAGAGACUGUGCGUGAGAUUAAGGCACGUAACUCCAACAUAUUUGUAGAGUGCCUGGUGCCCGACUUUCGCGGGAAUUUGGAGUGUGUGCAGACGAUUGCUGGUUGCGGCCUUGAUGUUUAUGCCCACAAUAUUGAGACGGUGGAGAAACUGACGCCAUUUGUGCGAGAUCGUCGUGCCCACUACAGGCAAACGCUUAAGGUUCUCAAUGAAGCGAAGCAAUUCAAUCCUAAUCUCAUUACGAAAAGUUCCUUGAUGUUGGGCUUGGGUGAAACGGAUGCAGAAGUGGAGCAAACAAUGCUCGAUUUGCGAGAAGCAGGCGUCGAAUGCCUGACCCUGGGUCAGUACAUGCAGCCCACAAAGAGGCACCUCAAAGUCAUCGAGUAUGUUACGCCCGAGAAGUUUAAGCAUUGGGAGCAGCGCGGCAAUGAACUCGGUUUUCUAUAUACUGCCAGCGGGCCUCUUGUGCGGAGCUCCUACAAAGCUGGAGAGUUCUUUAUUACGAGCAUAUUGGCAAAUCGAAGGAAAUCAGUUUAAAUGAAAAAAAUUAUAUUUAAAAUUAUAAUGCUUGUAUAUGUAUUUCGAAAUUGUUAACGAUUGUUAAAUAUAUUUUUGUUUUAGCUGAAA